AUGGCUACAUUAUAUGAAAUCAACGAUAAAAUUAAACGUGCACUGAAUCUUCAUGAAAAUAAUGCUUUUGCAUCUGCUUUAACUGCUAGGUGUAUCCACGGGAUCGACACUUUCAGCCGGUGCUCACGACUGAUUGAAUCAGCGAAAUUGCUGUACAAAAUUACACGCCAAUCUGUAUGUCUGUAG